CCAACAAUAUGGCGCCGUCCACUGAGUAGUUCAUGCUGAAGUAGAGUGAGUUACUACUAGACUGUGUUGAGUGUAUGGACAUUUAUUUAUCCAGGCAGGUUGUGUGUGUGUUUUAAAUCAUGACUACGUCGGUCAGUUGAUGGACUCUGGCUGUGUCACAGUAUGCUUUCAUCGUUGGCUGUCAGCAUGAGGGUUUUGUCCGGAGCCGGGGUCAGGACGCUGCUCUCCCUGAGCAGGGGACUGUCCGGCGGACAGCCUGGCUCCCGGGACGGGGCUCAGCCCCCGGCCCAGACCGCCGCUCCAGUGCCGGACGACGAGCCGUCGCUGGAGGAGGGGAGACCCAGAAGAAACCCCAGAGACUGCUCGGUGCUCCUCUUCCCGGGCCAGGGCAGCCAGUUUGUGGGCAUGGGCCGCGGGCUUUUGAAAUACCCAAACGUCAGAGAAAUGUUCUCUGUCGCCCAGAAGAUCCUGGGCUACGACCUGCUGGCCCUGUGCCUGGAGGGCCCCGAGCAGGACCUGGCCAGGACGGUGCACUGCCAGCCCGCCGUGUUUGUCGCCUCACUGGCGGCGGUGGAGAGGCUGAACCACGAGAACCCCAAGGCUGUUGAGAUGUGUGUUGCUGCUGCAGGUUUCAGUGUUGGGGAAUUUGCUGCCCUGGUGUUUUCUGGUGCCAUGGAGUUUGCAGAAGCUUUGUAUGCGGUGAAGGUGCGGGCGGAGGCCAUGCAGAAAGCUUCGGAGCUGGUUCCCAGUGGGAUGCUGUCGGUCAUCGGUCGGCCCCAGGCCCACUACAAAUACGCAUGUCUGCAGGCUAAAGAGCACUGCAAGGGCCUGGGCAUCCAGGAGCCCGUCUGCACUGUGGCCAAUUACCUGUUUCCUGAUGGCAGGGUCAUCGCAGGGCACCAAGAGGCGCUGGAUUUCCUCCAGCAGAACAUGCGGCGUCUCCAGUUCAUGAGGGCCAAGCCGCUCCCGGUGAGCGGGGCCUUCCACACGGAGCUGAUGGCGCCCGCUGUCGAGCCCCUCAGGGAUGUCCUCAGGCAGGUGGAGGUGCGUCGUCCAGAGAUCAGCGUGUACUCAAACGUGGACGGCAAGCGCUACAUGCACGACGGGCACGUGCGCAGGCAGCUGGUGAAGCAGCUGGUGUCGCCUGUGAAGUGGGAGCAGACUCUGCACGAGAUCUACGAGAGGACGCAGGGACAGAGCUUCCCUCACACCUACGAGGUCGGCCCGGGAAAACAGCUCGGCGCCACGCUCCAGAGGUGCAACAGGAAGGCCUUCCAGAAUUACACACAUGUGGACGUCACCAUUUCUGAGGACUAAGACAUGCAGCCGCAAGUGAUGUAACUGAGUGAGAACGCCAGAGUACAGUGUGCCUCAAUGCUCAGCGUAUUUUGAACAAGACAAAAAAAGUUGAUCAGCUGGAACUUUGGCUCGGCUUCAGCGAGACCUGCUGGAGCUGCAAGCCCCUCUGACUGGCUGUUAAUGGACUUGCUCAUAUAUUACUGUGUAAUUAAAUAAAUGUAAGAUCUUUAUUAA